AGAAAAAAAACUGUCUGUGUUCGUGUACUGAGUGGUCACUCAAAGCAAAUACGCAAGUGUAUGGAUUGUAAUUAGCAGCUGUAACAAAACCACCUUCGUAAUAUUUCAGCGCUAUAGUUCUACUGUCCACCUGACUUUCAGUGUAGGCUACAUUCAUUGUCCUCCCCGGCUUUUCUCUGUGGUGUUUUUGAACAUUUUGAGGAUGUCGGUGGCCGGAUUUAAGAAGCAGUUUCAUAAAGCGAGUCAGCUUUUAAGUGAGAAGAUAAGUGGUGCAGAGGGAACGAAGCUGGAUGAGGACUUCAUGGAGAUGGAGAGGAAAAUUGACGUCACGAACAAAUCCGUUUUUGAGCUGUUGUCCAAAACCACAGAAUACCUCCAACCCAACCCAGCUUCCAGGGCCAAGCUUGGCAUGCUCAACACCGUGUCGAAGAUCCGGGGGCAGGUGAAGACCACAGGCUACCCGCAGCCAGAGGGGCUGUUGGGGGACUGCAUGCUGAGAUACGGCCGCGAGUUGGGGGAGGAGUCGGCGUUCGGCUAUGCGUUGCUGGACAUAGGUGAGGCAAUGAAACAGAUGGCUGAGGUGAAGGACUCCUUGGACAUCAACGUGAAGCAGAAUUUCAUUGACCCAUUACAGACACUGCAGGACAAAGACCUGAAAGAGAUUGGGCAUCAUCUGAAGAAGCUGGAGGGCCGACGGUUAGACUUUGACUACAAGAAGAAGAGGCAGGGCAAAAUCCCUGAUGAGGAGGUCAGGCAGGCAGUGGAAAAGUUCGAGGAGUCCAAAGAGCUGGCUGAGAGGAGCAUGUUCAACUUCCUGGAGAAUGACGUGGAACAGGUGAGCCAGUUAUCAGCCUUGGUUGAGGCAGCUCUGGAAUAUCACCGCUUGUCUUUAGAGAUCCUUGAGGAGCUCAAUAGUAAAAUCCAAAGCAGGAUAACCACAGCUAGUAGCCGGCCCAAGAAAGAAUUCAAGCCAAAGUCCAUCAUGAGCAGUCUGGAGUCCAUCAACAGCACACAGCACAAUGGUUUAUCGUACAGCUCAUCAGUAAAGUCAACAGAUCACCAGACCAACCACAGUUUAAAUGGCAACACUCAUUCUUAUCCAGUCGAGCAGUUCACCCCCAUGCCUCAGUCAUGGUCUGAGAGUCCAAACGGCACCUACACCGAAGUGCACAUGGACCAGCCCUGUUGUCGCUCCCUCUACGACUUCGAGCCGGAGAACGAAGGUGAGCUGGGUUUCAAGGAGGGCGACCUCAUCAUCCUCACCAACCAGAUCGACGAGAACUGGUACGAGGGCAUGAUCAACGGUGAGUCGGGCUUCUUCCCCAUCAACUACGUGGAUGUCCUAGUGCCGCUGCCCCAGUGAGAGACACCUGGCCGCUGCCCUCUGUCCAGCAGUCUAACACUGGGGGGGUCACUGAACCCCCUCACUCUGUGUAGACACUGACUUACCUGAUUUUAUGUUUGGCCCCGCUCAGCGAAUGCCCUGCUACUCCACCACAGACAUUAUUAAAGAGGUGUCCCGUUUCUUCCUCAUGUCUAUUUAUUUUGUGCGUUUUUGUUUUGUUUUUGUAUCAGCUUUAGAUCUACAGCAUUUCUGUUUGUGGUAUGCAGUAAAAACUGUGUAUUCAUUCUUUCUCUGAAGUUACUUGCUCUUUUUCUUUUCUUUUUUUGUUUCUUUUUAACAUGUGGUGCAUUUUAUUGGGUUGGUAUGUUCUUAGGCUGUCUCUGUAUAUUUCUGCUCAAAUGUGGAGCUUACUUGUACCUGCCUGCCGUGGUCUUAAGUGUUUGACGAAAAAAACACAUUUUUAAACUGUGAGUUUUCUGAACUGCAACUCAAUGAAUGUCCUCCUAUCAAGUCCUGUCUGUUUACAUGGUAUUACUUAUUGUGAUGCAGAAUAUAUCAUAGUAAGUGCCACAAGCUUUGUGUCAGGUAGGGUAAAAAAGAGAAAGACUGUAUUACACUUACCGUUUAAGUGCUUUUUUCAAUGGUGUUUGUAUUGCACUAAAGCUUUAGAAUCUCCUCCCCUGGAUGUGCACAGUUUGCUCCUUUUCCAGCCUGUUUUUCUCCCUCUUCCCAUCAAGGGUUGCGCUUCAUCGCCGCUUAGGAGAUACCAUUUUUAUAUCGUCACCGCCAUGAUACCAUCUCUGAUGAAUGAAUAUAGAAUGUCAUGGACUCUUUCCUACUUUUGUACUAUAGGCCUGGCGUUGUGCUGUCUGCCCAAGUAUAUUAGAUUGAAGGAAGCUAUAAGAACAACAAUAUCUACUUUGUGCUAUGUCUUCAGUCUCAGUCCUGUGCUUGCUCUGUGAAUGGAGGCAGUAAAAAACUCCUUGGUUACAGCGCUUGAUCAAUCAAAUUUAACUGACAAUACUGUACCCAUUCCACUUAGUAUGGAAUGUACUGUACAGUUGUGCUUUCUUCAUGUUACCAUACAUAAAUGUUUAAAUUGCUAGCUCGGUUAUGUUUCAGGGUGAUGCCAUAUAUAGAGAAUGCCAUGCGAACUAUGUAUGUCAGGAUGUACAAAGGAAAUGUUUGUACUUGUUUAUAUUGAAAAUGGAUCAUGUGUCAGUGUGUUCACACACCCCUUCUGUGUCAUACCAGUCACAACAAGUUAGUCAUUAUCGUCGGUCACUGUCAUUUUUGUUCUUUUGUCUUUUUUUUUGUUUGUUUUUGUUUUGACUUGUUUUUGCUGGACAAUUCACAGUUUAGUAAUGUUAAAGAUGAGGGUGUGUAUCCCUUUUUAUGUGAUUUUGAUAACGAACAAAGCUAUUUUUGUGACCUUGAUAUCCUGCCUUCAAGUCUUAAUGCUGAAGAACUGAAAAAAAAGAAGGGAGAGGACUUUCCUCUGGGUAAAAAAACCCUCAAAAGACACCUGUAAUAUUUAGAUGUAUGUUCCUCCUUUUUUAUUUUGCUUUGAGCCAUAUCCUGUGUAAGCACCCACUCCUAUCUAUCCAAAUUAACCACGAGACGAUGGAAAAAUGACAGAACCCAGGAGAGAACCGGAGAGAACCUGGAGAUUCCUCUUCACGGAGGGUCUUCAUAUUCAGAACUCAGUGCUGGAGCGUACAUGCGUGUGUACGUCCAGAACCCCUAUCACUGUUUGAAAGCAUACGGUUUGCCCACACUACUGACCGCUGUCUUGUUUUGACACUGUAAUUCCUCCAGCUUUUCCCCCACCCGACCCUCUGCCUUGACCACUCUACACAGCACGCCUUUCCAAACCAAUACAAACUUGCAACGGAAGCUGUGCAUGAGA